AACAAAAGACAUUAUUUUUUUUUUGUUUAGGGGAAUUUGCAAAUUUACCGUUUUUAGCUUCAAUUGCAAUUUUUACAAACACGAGAUCGUAAUCUUAAACUUUGAACGCGUACAAAAAGAUCUACAAUCCAUAAAUAUUCCACAACUAUGUCUGACUGGGAAGAGGAUGAUAACUGUGGUAGUGCAGUGCAAACACAUUAUGAAAAAGAUUUAAAUCGUAGUGGUGGAGGGCGUCGGAGCCCGCCAUCAGAUGGCCAUUGGGGUCAAGGUAGAAGAAAUGAUGAUUUCGAUAAACGUAGAGAUCGUGGUCGUGAUGGCGGUGGAAGAAAUAAUGCCGGACGCAAUUACGACUUUAAAGAAACCAUUGAUGUGCGUAAUGAUUGUAUUGGCAUGAUCAUUGGUAGAGGCGGAUCGAAUAUUCAGCGUCUGCAAACGGAUUUUAAUGUACGGGUAGAUCUGGAUAAAGGCAGUGGUACUGUAACGGUGUCCGGUAACAGUGAUGGUGAUGUACAAAGUGCUUUGUGUAAUAUUAAGGAGCAAAUGGAAAAAUCUGAUAAUCGUAGCGGUGGUGGAGGCGGAGGCGGUCGGAGUUAUGGUGGUAAUAGUGGAGGUGAUAGCUAUGGCCGUGAUAGGGGAAACUCUUAUAAAAGUGAUUUUUAUGGUAGAGGUGGUGGCGGCGGUAGUUAUCGCCAACCCGAUAAUGAUUUUUAUAGUGGCGGAGGUGGCGGCGGCACCACCUACGAAGACGAUAGCAAUGUUGAUAGUAGUGGCAUUAUAGACUGGAAGUCUUUAAAUGAAAAAGCUGAAGUUGCUAGGAAAAAACGUUGGGCCUUGUGCCCUCCUCUAACCAAGAAUUUCUAUCAAGAAUCACCCGAAGUGGCUGCCUUGUCUAACGAUGAGGUUCAGCGCAUGCGUUUGGAGAAUAACAGGACAACAGUGGCUAGAGUUUUCAAGUCCGAGGAUAAUGUUUGCGAUAAGAUACCCAAUCCAGUGUGGAAGUUUGAACAAUGUUUUGCAGCAUAUCCAGAUCUAUUGGCUGAAAUUCGUAAACAAGAUUUCCAAAAGCCCUCACCUAUACAGGCGCAAGCUUGGCCUAUACUUUUGAAAGGUGAGGAUCUGAUUGGCAUUGCUCAGACGGGUACGGGCAAAACAUUAGCUUUCCUCUUGCCUGCCAUGAUACAUACAGAGUAUCAAAGUUUACCAAGAUCAGAGCGGGGAGGACCGAAUGUUUUAAUAAUGGCUCCUACACGAGAGUUGGCGUUGCAGAUUGAAAAGGAGGUCAAUAAAUAUCAGUUUAGAGGCAUGAAAGCCGUUUGUGUUUAUGGUGGUGGCAAUCGCCGUGAUCAAAUUGGUUGCGUUGAAAGUGGCGCUGAGAUCAUUAUCUGUACCCCUGGACGGCUUAAUGAUCUUAUACAAGCUAAAGUUAUUGAUGUGGCUACCAUUACCUAUUUGGUACUAGAUGAAGCCGAUCGUAUGUUGGAUAUGGGUUUUGAACCUCAAAUUCGCAAGAUUUUGUUAGAUAUACGUCCGGAUCGUCAAACGGUUAUGACUAGUGCCACCUGGCCGGCUGGUGUAAGACGUUUAGCUCAGAGCUACAUGAACAAUCCCAUACAAGUGUGUGUGGGUUCAUUGGAUUUGGCUGCCACUCAUACGGUGGAGCAGAUUAUAGAAAUAAUGGAAGAGGAAGAUAAAUUCUACACUGCUAAAAGAUUUAUCAAGAAUAUGAAACCGGAUGAUAAAAUUAUAAUCUUCUGUGGCAAAAAAGUUAGAGCUGAUGAUUUGUCAAGUGAUCUGACUUUAGACGGUUACAUGUGUCAAUGUAUUCAUGGUUCUCGUGAACAGUCUGAUCGUGAACAAGCAAUUGCCGAUAUUACUUCGGGAGAAGUAAGAAUACUUAUAGCUACCGAUGUGGCAUCACGAGGUCUUGAUAUUGAGGAUAUAACACAUGUUAUAAAUUUUGACUUUCCACGUAAUAUUGAAGAGUACGUACAUCGUGUGGGACGUACCGGACGUGCUGGCCGCACUGGUACUUCCAUUAGUUAUAUAACACGUUCCGAUUGGGGUAUGGCUCCAGAGCUAAUAUCCAUACUCGAAGAGGCUAACCAGCAUGUGCCAGAGGAGUUGCGUGAUAUGGCUCAACGUUUUGCCAAAAUGAAGGAGAGGAAAAAUGAAGAAAUGUCCAAGUUUAAUAAUUUAAGAGGUCCACGCAGUGGUGGUGGAGGCUAUGGUGGACGAAGUGGUGGUCGUGGUGGAGGAGGUGGUGGCGGCCGUCGUGAUCGUUACUAAAUGAAUCUCCGUAAAGUUUAUUUAAAAGUAUUUUUUAUAAUUAUUUGUCUUGUUCAAAACAUGAUACUUAAAUUAUGAAUUUCAUAAAUUGAAGCAUAAUACAGUAUGAAUAAGUAACUUAUAUGCAUUAAUGAAUAUGUUUUCUAAAAAUUUCUUUUUUUAGUAUCUUUUUUUUUAUUAUGUAUAAAUUUUCGUUUAAAAUCAAAAAGCCUGUUUUAAAACAAAGAAUUUUAAUUUUUUUUCUGCAAACGUGACGACAAUUGAAUUAAACUAUUUAUUUUUUUCAUUUAUGCUUUUAUUAAUGUACUUUUUAUUAUUCGAAAUAAUAUGAACUUAAUAAAGUGAGGAAAAAAACAUA